AGUACUUAAUAAUCCACACCCAAAGGCCAAAACAAAGACAUUUCCUUCAAAAUUCAGGCUUCUCUGUCUGCAAGUUGCUUUGUCACCAUUGAAGUACCCACCACAUCAACCUAAGCUCUUUACUUAGCAUACACAUAAGUAGGGCGGUCCUGUUCGAGGUAAAAGAGGUGGUACAGGGAAUGGGAUCCGGUGGGAGCAAGGUUCGUCAUGGCGGGGGUGCAUCUUCUUCGUCGUCAAGUGGACGGAGGGAUAUAUUGAAGGGGAGUAGGAUUUUCCAGUCUUCUUGCCUGGGCGUGCCAUCUGGGUCUCGAGACAGCGACAAUGAGGAUCAAGUUUUUGACUAUGGGAACAAAGAAACUGCUGGCAAUGCUUUGUGCGAAGAACAGACUGAUUCAGACUUGGGGCAGGGGGAAAUUGAGUGUUUCACAAAGGAGAAAGCUGAACACUCUGAUAGAAGGUCUUGUAUAUCUUCUAAUGUUGAUCUUGAUCAAUGGGUUCAACCAAGCAUCAGUAAUACUUCCUCUAGAAAUGGUAGCAACUCUGUCCAAGCUUCUUCUACUCAUUCCUUGAACCCACCAAGUCGCUUCCUUUCGCGCUUUACUUUCAUUCCAGGUAAUGUAAGUUUUAGACUAAGCAGAACAACCAGUUUAAGGUCUUCUGGGUCCUGUCCUGUUCCUGAUACUAGUCUGUCAAUGCUGAAUGGUGGAGAAGAGGUUUGCCAAUGUUCAGGAUCUGACAAUCUUGAUAGAAAUGAAGCUCAACAAAUUACUGACUUGCUUCCUCCGUCCUUUAACAAUAGAGACCCCACACAUUACCAUGAAAAUAAUUCUCAUAGUUUGCACUUAAAUGGUCCAGUUUCUGAUGUUUUGGAUAAUAUUCAAGGUAACCAGACAAUUUCUUCCAUCCAAGAGGUGAUGGGGAAUGGUUGUAGUGAUAUAGUGGGGGCUAGUAUAAGCUUACAUUCUCCAAGAUUUAUUAGUGAUUUAAAUGGCAUUGAGACUAGACUUUCUGAUAGGAGGAUUGGAGCUCGACAACCUGUUGAACGAAAUGUUCAUUUUAGCAGAACCCUAAGUGUUGGAAGGCUUCGUGACAGAGUUCUUCGUCGAUCCUCAUUAUCUGACUUAACAUCUUGCCCUUUAGAACAAAGCAGAGAUAUGAGAGAUGCUAGUCAGGGUACUAGAAGACAGGCCCUGGGGGGCGACGAGACAGCAUUAUCAACAUCUAAUGUGAUGUCUCCAUACAUAUCCGAUUAUCAUCCAUCGAAUAUAUCUAACUCUACAUUUAGCACUCAAGAUAAUGAGUUGCAAACCUCACGAUCAAGGGAAGCCAGGUAUCAUGAUCUACUAGAACACAGGUCCAAUUUCCUUGAACGGAGAAGAAGAAUACAAUCUCAGGUCCGAGCACUUCAGAGGUUGGGAAGCCGUUUUGAGAACCUUUCUGGGCACGAGAGGUCAUGUAUCUUAUCUGGUCAAAACAGAACAGGUCAUUGCACAUGUCGAGUAAGUAAUCGAACUGGCAAUCUCAAUAAUGAUGAUACUGGUGCUAGGGCUAGCAUAUCAAGAAUAGUUAUGCUAGCAGAAGCUUUGUUUGAGGUUCUGGAUGAAAUUCACCAGCAAUCAGUUGUUUUAUCAACCCGACCUCCUGUAUCUUCAAUUGGAUCUGUUCCUGCUCCUAAUGAAGUUGUGGAAUCUUUACCUAUCAAAUUGUACACCAAGUUGCAAAAGUAUCAGCUUGAGGAGACUGCACAAUGUUAUAUAUGCCUCGUGGAUUACGAGGAAGGAGACAGCUUGCGGAUAUUGCCGUGUAACCAUGAAUUUCAUGGAGCAUGUAUAGAUAAAUGGCUCAAGGAAAUUCACAGGGUUUGUCCGCUUUGUCGUGGGGAUAUUUGCAAAUCUGAGUCACCAUCUGCAGUGGAUUAAGUUUGUCAGUUUUCAGUAUGCUUCUCAAAGAUUAGGGGAACUACCAGUCUACCACACCUUAAAAAUAUUGGAGAUUCUUGGGGAAAAUUUAUUUUCGGCCUGUAUGAGCAUUGUUGUUCAAGGUGUCUUGCUAUGAUGCAUUUCCAGGCCUCAAAUGAUGAUAGAAAUCGACUGAACCUCCAUUGACAAUGUUCGUGGACAUAACUUCUGGUUCGAGCAGGUUGUGAGGGGCUACUGAGAAAUGUUUUGACAUUUUGUGGCCCAGUCUUUUUUUUUUUCCUUUUCCAUUUGAUCUGGUGGAAACUUUUAUAGUUUGCAGAAAAGGUGCCUUUUAUCUCUGAUACUUGAUACUUGCAUUCCAUUUAUUCGUUAGCCGAAGGAGGAAUCCUGUGUCUGUAGCAGCUAGGGAAAAUGCAUGUAUACAUGAGACGUAGGGAUAUUGUUAGGCUGGGUUUUUGUUGAGAUUUCUGUUUGGUCAUUGCAGUAAUAGGUGUAAGUCAGACCCAAGCUCGCCUCUAAAGAAAAUUUAGCUAAUGCAAGACCUUGUUGUAGCCUGUA